AACCUGGGAUCUCACCAGCACAGACACUGGGCUGAGCAAACUCCUUAGCUCUCAACAUGCUUGACCUUGACACUUGGCCACACACUCCUCACAGUGUCCUGCUGCUGACCCUACUGCUGAGACUCACAGGAGCAGAUACACAGAAGGAGCUGAAGGUGAUCCAGCCUGAGAAAUCAGUUUCUGUCUCUGCUGGAGCCUCAGCCACUCUGAACUGCACUGUGACCUCCUUGCUCCCUGUGGGGCCCUCGAAGUGGUUCAGGGGUACAGGGGAGAGUCGGCACCUAAUAUACAGUUUCACUGGAGAGCGAUUCCCCAGAGUCACAAAUGUUACAGAUACUACAAAGAGAAACAACCUGGACUUUUCCAUCCGCAUCAGUAAUGUCACACCUGCAGAUGCUGGUACCUACUACUGUGUGAAGUUCCAGAAACCACGAGGAACCCCAGAAUGGGCUCCCACAGACAAGGAGCUUCAGUCUGGGGGAGGCACAGUGCUCUAUGUGCUUGCUAAACCUUCUCUUCCUGUGGUAAUGGGCCCUGCAGUCAGAGUUACUCCUGAGCAAACAGUGAACUUCACAUGCAAGUCCUAUGGCUUCUCUCCUCAGACCAUCACACUUAAGCAGUUCAAAGAUGGAAAUGAGCUCCCUCGCUUGCAAACUACUGUGGAGCCCAAAGGAGAAAGCGUCUCCUACAAUCUCUCCAGCACAGCCCAGGUGGUGCUGAGCCCUCGAGAUGUCCACUCUCAGAUCAUCUGUGAGGUGUCCCAUGUCACCUUGCAAGGAGGCCCUCUCCAUGGGACUGCCAACUUGUCUGACACCAUCAGAGUUUCACCCACUGUGGAGAUCAGGCAACAACCAUCAAUGCUAUGGAAUUUGAUAAACGUCACCUGCCAGGUGCAUAAGUUCUACCCUUUGAACCUUUGGUUGACAUGGUUAGAGAAGGGAAAAGUAUCCCGGAUAGACGAGCCUUCUACAUUCAGAGUCAACAAGGAUGGAACAUACAACUGGACCAGUUGUCUCAUGGUGAACAGAUGUGCCUAUAAGGAGGACCUGGUACUCACCUGCCAGGUGGAGCAUGAUGGACAGCCACCAGUCCUAAAAAACUAUACUGAGAUGGUCAGUGCUUACCAGAGAGAACAAGAACUGAAGACAUCAGAUACUACUAAAGUCCUUGUAGCUCUGCUCCUUGGACCCAAACUGCUACUGGUAAUUGGUACCUUUGCCAUCUACUUGCACAAGAAGCAGAAGGCCUGACUCUCUUCUCUUCAUCUUCUGCCAUAUUGGACCUUGAGUAUCUGAUAUCACCUUUCUUGGAGGAACUUAGCCUACUAGAACCUGGUGGGAAGCUGUGGAAGUUGCUGCAAAUGUCUCCCUUACAAGGACAACUCCAACUCAGA